CAGCCGGUUGAGGCGCUGUCUCAUCAGAAGUUGUUCGCGUCCAUGAAACAGAAUAAUCUUGUUUCUCCCGGCUCUUCUAACUCAAUCAUUAAAACUAUUCAAGAACCUUGUGAAAAGUAAUUUGAAGUUAAAACCAUACAGAAUGGCUACGGGAACUGUAGAAUCUGCUGUGGCCGUUCGAGUAGAAGAAAAUAGAGAAACUGAAAAAUCUGUUGACAGAGAAAAGACAUGCCCAUUGUUACUUCGUGUUUUCUGUGCCAUGGGAAGACACCAUAGUCUUGGUGAUUAUGCAAGAGGUAGUGUGCCAGCAAGUGAGCUUCAAAUUUAUACAUGGAUGGAUGCCACUCUUCAAGAAAUUACUGGAUUGGUGAGAGAAGUUAAUUAUGAAGCCAGACGCCGUGGAACACGCUUUUCCUUUGCUCAGGUAUUCCCCGACCGAAGCACACUAAGCAUGUCUCGACGUGAAAUAGGUUCCACAAUCUCAGGAGAACGCGGGCCAGAUGAUAUGAAGACCCUCAAACAGUGCCGUUUUACCAUUGGAGACUAUAUUGACAUCGCCAUCACUCCACCCAGCAGAAAUAUGAAUAAUCAAAGCAACAGGAGAUUCAGGCCAUACUAACUUUUUUUUUGUUUAUCGACACGGCAUUCUUGUUUUUUUUUUCCAGCAAUUUUUCCAAGUCAUUUUCAUAAUUGACAGUAAAAAAUUUUCACAUAGAAAA